AUGGCAGACUUUGAAGCGCCUUCAGGGCCUCCUCCUCCUAAGGUGCCCGAGGGCUGGAUAGCUCGCUGGAACGAGCAGUACAAAGAAUGGUUCUACGUCAACACCUACACCAAGAAAUCGCAAUGGGAUAAGCCCACCGCGCCCGCCGUCGAUCCUAACGCGGAAGGUCCUCCCGGCCCGCCACCAGGCUACAUCCAUGGCUCUAGCAACCCAACUCCCAGCGACGCCAAGACGAACCCGUUCUAUAACGAUAACAACGAUUCGCAUUCGGGCGGUCCGUCAGGCACCGAGUCCGACGAAGCGCUCGCCCGCAGGUUGCAAGAAGAAGAGAAUGCACGCAGCGUUGGUGGUCUCGGCGGCGGCGCGGCAGCGUCGUACCACGGCUCGUCGCCCGGUCCGCAGAGCCACAGCCCGUACCCAACACAGCUGCCGCCACGCGAGGACGAUUCGCGGGGUGGGGGCAGCAGCGACAAGGCCAAGGGGCUUUUGGGCAAGCUCUUCGGCAGCAAGAAUAAGUACGGCUCCCAAGGCGGCGGCGGAGGCGGGUUCGGCGGCAUGAUGGGCGGUGGUGGUGGUGGACAUCAUCAACAGUAUCCCCCGCAGCAGGGUUAUGGGCAACCGCAGGGUUACGGACCGCCGCAGGGGUAUGGAGGCUACGGCGGACAGCCGCAGUAUGGACAGCCGCAGGGCUACGGGGGUGGAUAUGGACAGCCUGGGUACCCGCAACAGGGUUAUGGUGGGGGAUACCAGCAGCAGCAGUACGGCCGUCCGGCUAAGAGUGGAGGCGGCGGCAUGGGGAUGGCUGGUGGUGCGGCCCUGGGUCUGGGCGCGGGUGUGCUUGGUGGUGUGCUGGUGGCCGAUGCCAUUCAAGACGGACAGGAAGAUGCGUACCAGGAGGGGUACGAAGAUGGUGGUAUGGAUGAUGGUGGUGGUGACUUUUAA